CAGUUCUAGAAACCUGGUCUAGGCACCACGCCCCUUUUAAAUUGAGUAAUAACACUCCUUUUGAUGGCCUGGCUCGACCUGUUGGUGACCUUUGACCCUACACUUAGUGGGAUUGAUCUGCGCUUGGAUCUUAUGACAUUCCACCCUUCGGCCAAAUACGAGGUCCCAGCCAAAGCAUGUGGCUGACCUGCCCUUCUUGCUUCCUCACAGUAACCUCAAGGGAGGAGGGAGUGUGUCACAUUGGAAAAGAGGUUAUUGAUGUGCAGCAGCAAAUUAUGACCAUUGUAGAUGAACUGGGCAAGGCUUCUGCCAAGGCCCAGCAUCUUCCCACACCCAUCACCAGUGCAUCGAGGAUGCAGAGUAAUCGCCACGUUAUGUAUGUGCUCAAAGACACUUCUGCUCGACCGGCGGGAAAAGGAGCUAUUAUUGGUUUCCUCAAAGUUGGAUACAAGAAACUCUUUGUACUGGAUGAUCGUGAGGCUCACAAUGAGGUGGAACCACUUUGCAUCCUGGAUUUUUACAUCCAUGAGUCACUUCAGCGCCAUGGCUAUGGGCAAGAACUCUUCCAGUAUAUGUUGCAGAAGGAGCGAGUUGAACCGCACCAGUUGGCCAUUGACCGACCAUCACAGAAGCUGCUCAAGUUCCUAAAUAAACACUACAACCUGGAGACCACAGUCCCACAGGUGAACAACUUUGUGAUCUUCGAGGGCUUCUUUGCCCAUCAGCAUCCUCCAGCCAGGAAGCUGCCACCCAAGAGAGCAGAGGGAGACAUAAAGCCAUACUCCUCUAGUGACCGAGAAUUUCUGAAGGUAGCUGUGGAGCCUCCCUGGCCCCUAAACAGGGCCCCUCGCAGAGCUACACCUCCAGUCCACCCUCCUCCCCGCUCCAGCAGCCUGGGAAACUCACCAGAACGGGGUCCCCUCCGCCCCUUUGUGCCAGAGCAGGAGCUGCUGCGUUCCUUGCGCCUCUGCCCCCCACACCCUACUGCCCGCCUUCUGCUGGCUACUGACCCUACAGGCAGCUCAGCCCAGCGUCGCCGCACCAGGUAACAGAAGUUGGGUGGUUAGGGAGCCUCAAGACUGUCAAAGAGUAUUGGAAACGGCAAAGGGCAAUCUGAGUCAGAGAUAUAAAACAACAAGAUAGGUGGAUCAGAGAAUAUAUUGGAAAAUAUUUGUGGGAGUGGUAUGGAAAUAAAUGACAGUGGGGAAGCAGCAUAGGACUUUAUAUAAAAUCUAGGGACCCCAGUUUUACAGUGAGAGUUGGGAGGAAGGGUAGGAAGAACCCAGGUCCAUGGGUGGGUGGAACUGUACUUCUAGGUUGGGGGAAAUCUUGUGAUACUUGCUGGGAAGGUGCCGUGUCUCUUGAUACUGGGAAGCCACUGGCCCCAUGUCAGUGCCUUGUGUGGCAGGAGCCCAUCAAGCAGGCAGAGAAUAGGCAUCUCUUGUAUUUUUCUCCCUUUCUCUUCAUUUCUGACUUCUCUGUUUUUCUCUCUUCCCCCACUUUCCCUCUCCCUACCUCCUGUCUAUAACGUCCUUCCGCAGCUCCCUUCCCCGCUCUGACGAGAGUCGAUACUGACAGACAGCUAACCUGUUCUCCUAUCUGGGAGACCUUGGGUGGGCAGAGACCCUCUCCCCAAGAACCCCAGACCUGUUCUUCCCAAUGCCCCCUCCAGGAUCCAGUGGAACCUGACAGAGCCCAUAGCAUUCACUCUUCCCCAUUCCUGGACUACUGGGUUGUCAGGGUCCCAAAUGGCCAAAUACUUUGUAGCUUUUCUUGCCAGAGAAAGCAUCCCUUCUCUCCUAACUUGGUCUCUGAACACUCCCAGACAGUCUGAAUUGCUGAAUUGCCAGACUCCUUGGUUGUGUGCUCAUACUAAUUAUCCAGGUAAGCACACUCUAGCUUGCUGUCAGACUCUAGAACACCGUGGAAGGUUCAAGGGGCCUCCACUGCCAGAGAAACCUUUUAAAGAAUCUUGUCCAUGGAAUAAAUCCCAUCUUCACUCUACAGUGUCUACUAGUGGCCCUAAUACUGCUUUGUGCUACCUAAUA